AAAGAAUACUUAUUCCAUAUGAAAGUGAUGCGUAUAUAAGAGUUGACACUUGUAUGCUCUUAUUAGUUUUCCAUGUUUUUGUUGGAGGCAUCGGAACUAUAGUGCUCCAGAAAAAUGAGAAAACUACCAUGGCGAGACUUAAAGCUAUGGCUCAUGUUAGUCAUUGCAGCAGAAGUUUGCAAUGCUUGUUGCCAUCAUCAUUAUCAUCCCAUUGUUGUUCCCAUACAUAUUAAAGAAACUGUCGAGAAGAAACCGAACAUUAUCAUUAAUUCCGAACAUCAUCACCAUCAUCAGCAUAAGCAUGGACAUAAACACGGACAUACGCAUAAACACGGUCAUCUACAUAAACAUAAAAAUGAGCAUAAACAUGAACACAAUCAUAAUCAUGGUCAUCUGCAUGAGCAUAAAAAUGAACAUAAGUAUGAACACAAGCAUUAUCAUGGUCAUAUCCAUAAACAUAAAAAUGAACACAAACAUAAACACGAUCAUCAUCACGGUCACCUGCAUAAACACAAAAAUGAUCAUAAACACAAACACGAUCAUCAUCAUGGUCAUCUCCAUAAGCAUAAAAAUGAGCAUAAACAUGAAUAUAACAAUUAUCACUUUCAUUUAGAUAAGAAAAAAGACGACGACAAAGAUAAAUAUGAUCACCUACAUGAUGACCCUCUGGACGAAAAAGAAAAUCAUCAUAAACAUGAACAUAAGCAAAAAGACGAUCACAAACGGGAAUUUCAUUAUCUGCAUGAUGAUCCCUCGCACAAAAUAGAAAAUCAUCAUAAAUACGAACACGGUUAUCAUCCUGAUCAUCUGCACGAGAGUCAAGACGACAAUGAACAUGAUCCUGAUUAUUCCAGAGACCAUUAUCCGAAAUAUGAGGAUGACCAUACGCAGCGUGAUGAAAGGGACCAUGAGCAACAAACUACAGAUAAAAAGGGACAUGUAUAUAAAUACACAUAUAGACCGGACCUCAUCAUUCCUCAAGGUUAUUUAAUCAAGUACCCAUAUGAAAAUGAAGAGGAUGAUGACUGACAGAUGUGAGUAAUAGCAAAAUGUUAAACAUGCAAUUAAAAGCAGGUGCAUAAUAGCUGUCAUUUCCAGCAUUUUCACAGUUCCUUCAAUGGGCGCAUAGUCACAUAAAGACAUGCGUCCCCACGAAGUAUAUAGCGUGUCUUCGAUUAACCAAUAUAAUGCCCAAAGUGUCAUCUAUAUAGCUCAUUAUUCUGAUAUGAAAGCUGGUUUCAGCUUAAAAAGAUGGCUAAUGUUAAUAGACCUGAGUUAUAAUUUACUGCCUUCAUAUAAAAUUUAAAUUAUGAAAAACAAUUUUCUUUAAAUGCCUGCCAGUUGCAAAUAAAUCUGUUUAUAGUCAUAAUACGAAAUAAUUGAAAUAGUUAUUUUACAUGAUAAUCUAAAUACAUUUGUAAAAACUUCAUGAAAGUGAAUACUUACAUUUUGCUCAGGAAUAGUAUGUAUGCCCUCAAGGCUUAAAACAUGCAAUUAUGAAUAUAAUUUUAAAUCAGUUUAGUUUAAUAUAUCUUAAAGUAAGUUUAUUAGCAAUAAGUCAACCAUUCACUGUAACAAAUCAUUUUUAGGCGUUACGAGUUUUAAAAAUGUAAGUCCAAAGGUGCUUUUAGCUAUGUUAAUGCAUUUUCUAUGCAUCCAAGUUGUGAGAAAUUUACAGAAAUGAAAAAUUUUAAUAAGCAAGUUUAUAUUAAGAUAUAUAACAUAGAUAAGAUAUAUAGAUAGCGUAAGAUAAGAUACAUAGAUAGCGUAAUAUUGUGAAUCUAUUAUUGAAGGUGAAACAAAUUUCAAUUACCCUUGAGUUUCUACUCAUAUGUAAAUGUCAGUAAAUAUACGUGGAAAUGUUUAUCGAUUCGCGUCGCAAUUUGAGGUUCAUGAAUGAGUAUCAAUGAAUUCCAGAUGCCAGAGACUCGGAAAAAUAUUAAUCUUAUUUCUCAAAAAAGGGGAUGUAGAAUAUGAUUAAAUAUAAUGCGUAAGGUUUAUUAAAAAUUGUACAAUUUCUCUUACAACGUAGCGUAUAUUCGUACAUUCUUAUAGGUUGCAUUUUUAUUAAGAAAUUUGUCGCAGCUUUACAUAAAGUUGUAAUGAAUUUUACAUUAAGUAUUAUAUAAGAAAAGAAGUUAUGAGAAAUAUCCUACUACUUAGCACAGCGAACUCAUAACUACAAAAAGCGACUAAAAAGAUUUUCAAAUAAUAAUUUGUAUUUUCCAAGAAUAAAUAUUACUUCAAUUAUCCUCUACGGGAAACAAAACAAUAUAAUAUAGAGUGACUGUACAUGGCUGUAAUCACCGAUGUAAUACAGCUGCCAAUAUGUUGCAUAGUGUAAAGAUUAUAUUUCGCCAUCUCCCAAAGAAAAACCAUAUGCAUUUAGGUAAUAGGAAAUAUAUGAAAUAAGCCCAUGCCCAGAAAUAUAUUACAGUAUUUAUCUGAAUCAAAUAAAAUGCAGAGUUCUUUACUUGGACCUUUGUUGAACAAAGCGAUACUAUCUAUUAGAAUUAAAAUAAAUGUAUGAGCUAAAAUAUAAAUUUGCAUUAUUUUACAAUAAUGAAAUUCCAUAUGCUAUAUUAAAUUGCAUUUCAUUAGAUAAAAAUAUAGUUUAACAGCAAUACUUAAAGACUAAAUAAUGUUUGUUUUGAACUUUUAAGGCAAAACGUACAGUAUUUUCAGUGCAGUUAUCAUUAUUGGUACUAGUAAGUACUUAUUUUAAACCAGAAGAAUAGAUUUAUUUCAUAAUUCUAGCUCAUUGUAUAAUUUGUAAAUUGAUGUCAUUCAUGUGUACAUUUCAUACUUUGUAUAUGUUUAUCAUUAUGCCAAUUUAUCUGCUACUACCAACUUAUCAUUAUUGAUAGUAGUAAAUACCUUUUUUUAUUUAAUCCAGAAGAAUCGAUUUAUUUUAUAAAUCUAGCUCAUUGUAUACUUUACAAAUUGAUGUCAUUAAUGUGGACAUUUCAUACUUUGAAUAUGCUUUUAUCUGCUAUAUCAUGUUCAUAAAUGAAAUGUAGAACUCAUUCAAUCACUGUUAAAUUUUGUUUUGUUGAUUUACUCAUUUUGACAUAUCAUGAUUUAUAUCAAAUAAA